CUCACAUUGUCUAUGGUACAUGAUGUUUUUCGGAUGGAGACAAGAGGCAGCUCCUCAGGCUCAAGUCAAGAGCACAAACCCCCUCCUUUUUGUUUGGUGGCGGGAGCUGUGAGAGGGUGGGGGGAGCAGUGUGCGUCACUCUCAGGCUGUGAAAACAUCUGCGCCGGCGGCGUCCCUCAGCAGCAGCAGCAGCACUAGGAGAAGCCGGAGUGUGGGAAGGGGGAGGCAGUUGUUCGGCAGCAGCAUCUCCAGGCACAGGAAAGCGGGUUAUGAUUGCAAUGGCCGUGCUGCUUGGAGCAUGACCAGUCUGGAUCUCGGAACUAAUUAACUGUAUGUUGUGGGAAGAAACCCAUGCAGACACACGGAGAAUAUGCAAACUCGUUGCAAAUAUUACCCAAGCUGGAAACAAUCUCAGUACCCCAGCUCUGCAUGGCAGAUGUUCAACCACCAUAAAGAUGAUUCCAGUGACGGAGUUCCGACAGUUUUCCGAGCAGCAGCCAGCAUUCCGCGUGCUCAAGCCAUGGUGGGACGUGUUCACAGACUAUUUGUCUGUGGUCAUGCUGAUGAUCGGAGUCUUUGGUUGCACUUUACAGGUCAUGCAAGGCAAGAUAAUAUGCCUGCCAAGAGUGCAGCCCAUUCACAACGUUUCAGCCUACAAUGGAUCAAAUUCUAACAUGCCGCUUACUACACCAAAGCCAAUAACACCUGGAACAGUGGAGAUGAAGGGGUUGAAAACAGACUUGGACCUUCAGCAGUACAGUUUUAUUAACCAGAUGUGUUAUGAGCGUGCUCUGCAUUGGUACGCCAAGUACUUUCCCUACCUAGUCUUGAUUCACACUUUAAUUUUCAUGUUAUGUAGCAACUUCUGGUUUAAAUUUCCUGGCUCAAGUUCAAAAAUUGAGCAUUUUAUAUCAAUCUUGGGGAAAUGUUUUGAUUCUCCUUGGACAACCAGAGCCUUGUGCAAAGUAUCUGGAGAAGAGCCAGAAGAAAAGGAUAACAGAAAAAAUAAUCUGAACAAGCCUAACAUAAUCCAAUCAACAUUGGAGAGUCCUUUGGUAAAGACCCAGUCUCUGAAGUCAAUACCUGAGAAGUUUAUUGUGGAUAAAGCUGCUGCAGGUGCUCUGGACAAAAAGGAAGGAGAGCAAGCAAAAGCCUUGUUUGAGAAGGUGAAAAAGUUUCGUAUUCAUGUUGAAGAAGGAGAUCUUCUCUAUGUCAUGUAUGUCCGACAAACCAUCCUUAAAGUUCUGAAAUUUCUGUUCAUCAUCGGAUACAAUAGCGCUCUUGUAUCAGAAGUGAGGUUUACUGUAGAGUGUAAUGUUGACAUACAGGACAUGACCGGAUAUAAUCAUUUCUCUUGCAAUCAUACAAUGGCUCAUCUGUUCUCUAAGCUGUCCUUUUGUUAUCUAUGUUUUGUGGGUGUUUACGGCCUCACUUGUCUUUAUACAUUAUAUUGGCUAUUCUAUCGCUCUUUAAAGGAAUAUUCCUUUGAAUAUGUCCGUUUGGAGACUGGCAUCAAUGAUAUCCCAGAUGUCAAAAAUGAUUUUGCCUUCAUGUUCCACAUGAUAGACCAGUAUGACCCGUUGUAUUCCAAACGCUUUGCCGUGUUCCUCUCUGAAGCCAGUGAAAACAAGUUAAAGCAACUGAACUUAAACAAUGAGUGGACAGCAGAAAAGCUGAGGCAAAGGCUUAUAACAAAUGCAUCCAACCGACUGGAGUUACAAUUGUUUAUGCUCUCUGGCCUUCCAGACACUAUAUUUGAGAUAACAGAGUUACAAUCCUUAAAGCUAGAAAUUAUAAAUAAUGUUAUGAUUCCAGCAACCAUUGCUCAGCUUGACAAUCUUCAAGAACUGUCCUUGUGUCAGUGUUCUGCAAAGAUUCACAGUGCAGCCCUGGCAUUCCUAAAGGAGAAUCUCAAGAUUCUGAGAGUUAAGUUUGAUGAUAUUCGAGAGCUUCCUCCUUGGAUGUAUGGGUUACGCAACCUGGAAGAAUUAUACUUAAUUGGUUCAUUAAGCCCUGAUGUAUCAAAAAACAUCACACUUGACUCAUUCCGUGAACUGAAAAGCCUUAAACACUUAUUUAUAAAGAGUAAUUUAUCCAAAAUUCCUCAAGGUGCUGUUGAUGUUUCUGCCCAUCUUCAAAAACUCUGCAUUCAUAAUGAUGGGUCCAAGCUGGUCAUGCUAAACAAUUUGAAAAAGAUGGUCAACCUAACUGAGCUGGAGCUCAUACACUGUGACUUGGAUCACAUACAUCACUCCAUUUUCAGUCUGUUAGCACUGGAGGAACUGAAUUUAAAGGAAAAUAAUCUGAAGUCUAUUCAAGAAAUAGUUAGUUUUCAACACCUGCGCAAGCUUACAAUCUUAAAAUUGUGGUACAACAGCAUUACACAUAUCCCAGUGGAAAUAAAAAAACUAACAAGCUUGGAGAGGCUUUACUUCAGCCACAAUAAAAUAGAGGUUCUCCCCUCUCAGCUGUUUCUAUGCCACAAACUCCGAUACUUAGAUUUGUCCUACAAUGACAUACGAUUCAUUCCACCAGAAAUUGGAGUGAUGCAGUCUUUACAGUAUUUUUCAAUUUCUUGCAACAAAGUGGAGAGUGUUCCUGAUGAACUGUACUUCUGCAAGAAGCUGAUCACGUUAAAAAUAGGAAAAAAUAACUUGUGUUCACUCUCACCAAAAAUUGGCAAUUUGGUAUAUUUGUCUUAUUUGGAUAUUAAAGGCAAUCACUUUGAAACCCUACCAGCAGAACUUGGUGACUGCAGAGCCCUGAAAAAGAAUGGGCUCAUUGUAGAGGACAUCCUUUUUGAAACAUUGCCAUUCGAUAUAAGGGAACAAAUGAAAUCUGAGUAAUGGACCUGAGCAAAUGCUAGUCAUUACUGGGCAUUAUUUAAAUGUAUGUACAUGCUAUUGUAAAUGUUGUUGGUACAUAGGUGGGCAGCAUUCUAUAUUGGAAGGUUUAUUAUUCAAGGAAAGAUUUAGUCUUAUAAAUCAUUAAGUUCCAAGUCGAGGAACAGCUGUAAUAUAUAAUUCAUUUUAACUAUUACUAAAGGAGUGUAGGUAAAGGUGCUGUACCAGGUUAGCCAAUCGAAACCUUCUAGCAUAAAACUGUAUGCCAUGCACCAUGGCAUGCAGUUUAUGCUCUGCAACUGCAUGAUCAGGUGGCGCAACAUGCAGUGGAAGCCUGGUACUUUACCUCCUAAUUAAAGGAGAACUAAAGCGUAACUAAAGAAGUAGGGCAGAAAUUUUGAACAUUAUGUUUUGGGCUUCUAUACCAGCACAAGGCAACCACAACACUUUAGCAGUAAAGGUAUGUGCCUUCAAAGAUGUAGUAGCCCCCCAUGUUAUUUUCUGCUGGUUCUCUGCACAUGCUCUGUGCUGCUGUCUGUUACUGAGCUUAGGGGCUCAAAUAGUAAAUAUAGGGGCCGAUUCAUCAAGCUCGAGUGAAGGAUUCGAAGUAAAAAAACUUCGAAUUUCGAAGUGUU